GUAGUUUUCAGAUGACAGAAGAGCCUUGGUUCCUGAAAGGGAGGAGUUCUGCCAGAACUUUGAAGAUCUCUGUAAACUUUGCAAAUUACCCAUCUUUUGGAGACAAUUAUAUCAAACGAUACUGUGGAUUGCAAUACAUGAGAAGUGUUUAGAGCCUGGAAGAUUAUUUAUGUUUGGCAUUAACUCUUACGGUCAUAAUUUCAAGAGGAGAGAAAAGGAAUACACAGGAACCUUCUUAUUAUCUUUUGAAAUAUGAAGAUCAGAGGAAAAGAAGGGUUUAAAUUGUCGAGUGAUGGUCUUCAAAACCUGUCUUUAAAUUAGCUGGCACUCUACAUCUAUAAAAUCAACAAGGCUUAGAGUUGAUUUCCAGGCACAGAGUGGACCUCAUGAGUUGUCAGCAGUGCUUUCAGAUCUGAGCUUUUAUACACCGCGGGAGGAAAUUGCAGCCUGCAGGGCAAAGUACCUAUACAAAUGUUUCCUCCUUGCUUGGACUGAUACAAGAUUUGGAAGCCAAAUUCAGGAUCUGACAUUCUACAGGUGAGGAAAAAAAAAAGAAGCAUGGGCAGCAAUAAAGAUGAUGAUGGACUGUUGAACAGGAUUGCAUUUCCAGGAGCCGUGUCCCUGGCUAACAGCCAUGUGCAUCCCCAUGGAGUCCCCCUGAGAGAGCCCUUUGGGGUUCCCUUCCAGCUGGACCCGUCUUACUGGGAGCAAGCCUAUGGCAGCCACACAGGUCGCAUCUCCUACAUCCCGUUCCCUGGCUACGUGGGUGUCUAUGACUAUUCCUUUGAGCCUGCCUUCAUUCGAAAGAGGAAUGAGAGGGAAAGGCAGCGGGUGCGCUGCGUGAAUGAAGGCUACACACGCUUGAGAGAACACCUGCCAAAGGAAUUUGCUGACAAACGCCUCAGCAAAGUGGAGACCCUGAGAGCUGCAAUAAGCUACAUCAAACACCUGCAGAGCUUGCUGGACUGCCAUCCCUUAGGAUCUAACAGUAAGGAAACGCUCUCUGCCAGGGAGCUCCCGGAAGCUCCCAGUCCUGGUCCCUCACGGGAGUGCUACAGUGAUGGAGAAUCUAAAACCUCUUCAGCUUCAUCCCCCUACAGUGAAUUUGAGGAGACGGGCACCUAGGUAACAGCCUCUGAGAAAGAUUCAAGUUCGGCUGAAAACCAAAUCUAAAGCCCUGGGGAUUUUUCUACAGAUACCAGGAAAAGGAAAAACAUCUAAGGAAAAGAAAAAAAAGGUAUUUUCAGUCUGUCAAAGGACUUUAAGUGUUGUCUGUACAAAACCAAAAGAUCGUUUGUAAGCAAACAGAUAUCUCUCAGGUUGCUUCAGUUGUGUUACUAAACUGCUCUUGGAUUGUUAAAACUGAAGCAAGCUUUGCAUUCUAGUUUUUAUUCAGCUUUUAUUCUGUUUGUCUAUUCUAUUUUGCCUUUCACUCGAUGAGACAACAAAACCAGAUAAAACCAUUUCAGGAAAUUACCCUCCCUUUUUUUCCUGCUUCCUUCUGUAAAUUUUAUUGUCUGUUUUUUUCCGGGCUGCUAACCUGAGAUGCACUGGGUUGUAAAUACUUGGACUGAGAAAGGUAAGAUUUAGAUAAAAUGUCUUUCCCUAAACAACUCACAGAAAUACUUCUAUUUCUGAAAAGACAAUUUUACAAGUUUAAAUAAAGCUAUAUUUGGGAAUUCAUUUCUUUUAUGGCAUCUUCUAAAGUGAAAGAAGCAACUCAUACAUUGGACACCGGCUAUUUGGUGAUUUUCCGAAGGAUAAUUUUCAGGAAAAGAAAGUCUGACAUGUCCAGUCUAAUCAAUGCUAGGAAGAGGGAAACAGAGUUGUGUAAAACUGAACCUUCAAAAGCAAAGCUCCACUCAUGACACUGGAAAAUUGUUACCAGCCUUUUUUGUCCUUUUCUGAAAACUGGGUUUGUGGACAAAACAGUCUUGAUUGUGACUUUUUGGCAAGUCAGAUGUUAUAUGCUUAGAAAUAUGUUCCCGUAGUGGUUAGAUACCAGUGUGUACGAAAAGGGUAACAUUGAAUGUAUCAGUUUGCAUUGGCAUGAAAAUGUAGGCAUUUCUCCUUUUGUUUAGAAUAUUGCAUUACUUCUUCAAAAGAUAUACCUUUUAAAAUUAAUAACUCAAAACCUAUGGAAUACCUUUAAUUUGGACCAUGUCUAUUUAGAAUGAGAGUUUGUCGCCAAUUUGCUCUAAAAUCUUCCUUUCUCCAAGGCCAGAUUUAAAUAUAAUUUAGCUGUGUGCUUAAUUUGCAUUCUGAAUAUAUGGGGUAAAAUCCUUACCCAUACACUUUCCACAGACCUUUUGAACUUUUG